AUGCGUUCUAGGAUUAAGGUUAUGAUAGAUUCUUCAAGAAUAGAUACAAGGAGGCCCCUGGAACCCUCCUAUAGGAUAUUAGUCCCCUAUAAGACUUACAGAUACAGUUAUAGGUAUGAGGCCUACCUAGGUUAUCACUAUACUGACUGUCUCAACAGGGCCCUAGAAGAGGCUAAUAAGGUGCUUAGCAAGCCUAUAGCUAAGUACUUUAGGGAUAUCCUGCCUAUCAACUACAUCACUACCUAG